AUGGCCUACCCAUCCCCCUACGCAUCUACUCCCGGCGACGAGUACUACUACACCCGGGAACGAAUGCAGUCAGCAACGCCAACCCCAUCCCCCCGUGGUCCCGCCAGCUACUACUACCCGCCCGGAUCAACCCCCCAGCGCCCGGCAACCCGCGCCCAUUUCCGCAACGCCAGCAGUGGCUUCAGCGAGUACAGUCCCCGUCCGCCGACGGCGUCGCCUCGAUACACGAGCGAUGGCUACUAUGCCACGGCAAAUGUGAGUAGUGGUCAUCAUUCGCGCAAGCAUUCAUGGGCCACUCCGUCGCACGAACCGCGCGAGCGCCGAUCUUCUUUUGUCUAUGUACGGGCUGCAACGCCCCACGGAGAAUCCGACGACGAGAUUAUCGAAGUGGAUGGCCGUACUUACCUGGUGCCGGGCAAGUCGUCAAGGGCGAGGAGCAAGAGGCAUUCUGUUCAGGAGACUUAUUACUUUGAGGACGGAGGAUAUCCCACUGAUUACCGUUCCCACACACAGAGCGGUUUUGCCUACAUUGAGCGCGAUGUCCCGGCCUAUGAGCCUCGCCCCUCCCGCACCCCUGCAAACACCCAUUCCCGCCGUGCCUCGACUUCGGUUCCCCAGAGGCCCUCCACCGUUCGCCCCGGUAGCAGUUCUCAGUCCUCCAAGAAGGCCCAACCCCAGCCCGAGGCCAAGAAGCCCACACCGCCUCCGGUAUCUCGCCCGGCCAACGAGAAUGACGCCAAGAAGCACAAGAUCCCCCCAGGAUACUCACUCAAGAACUGGGAUCCCACCGAGGAGCCUAUUCUUCUUCUGGGCAGUGUCUUUGACUCCAACUCCCUGGGCAAGUGGAUCUACGACUGGACCGUCUUCCAUCACGGACCUGCCACCCCCAUUGCUGAUAUGGCUGGUGAGCUGUGGUUACUACUGAUCCAGCUGGCUGGCAAGAUCAAGCGCGGAGAGGAGACCAUUGAACGCGUGCGCAGCACUGAGAAGAAGGAGAUCCUCGAUGACUUCAUUGACGCUGGUGAGCGCCUGACUGACAAGCUUCGCAAGCUUCUCAAGACCUGCGAGGCACCUAUGCUCAAGGCCAGCAAGAAGUCCUCUUCUCUUGGCAAGAACGCCGGUGUCCAGUUCGUCGAGACUCUGUUCGGCAUCGAACGCGAGUUGGACAAGACUGAGCGAUUCAUGCAAGGUGUUCGUCUCUUCAUCCUUCGUUUCGACGCCAACUGUGAUGAUAUUCUCAAGAACCCGGCGAAGUAA